AUGCCUCCUUUUUCCCCGCUGCUCUCGCCGCCCGCCCGCCCCGACCCCCGGCCCCGCAGCUCCCGCCCGCCCCCCACCCCCCGCCCGCAGCAGCCCGGCGCCUCCUUCUCCCCCUCCGCUCGCCACGCCGCUCCCCUUCGAGCUGCCGCCCGGGAUCCUCGCCCCCCCCCAAGCCCGCCGCCCCCAGUCCCGAGCACCAGCUCCCCAACCUCUCUCUGCCCGCCCCCCCGGCACCCCCCGACGUGCGUCCCCCGCCCUACCCCACACUGCCCUUUCCACCUUCCCCACGACGCAGCCCCCCUGCCCGCAUGCCCGCGGCCCCCCACACCGCCCGGCCGCCUUCCCCCCAGAGCCUUCGCCUACCUCCGCGAUCUUGCUCCUCGCUCCCACCCGCGGCCCCCGACGCCCGCGGCGGGCCCUUCAGUCCCGUCUCGCCACCGAGCGAGAACCGCGGGAGACCCCGCCGUGGCCUCGCGCCCUCGCAGCCUCGUGCGCGCUGCCCUCUGCCCGCACGCGGCCGUGGGACGCGCCCCGCGCCCCACCAAGGCUGCGCGGGGGCCGCCGCCGGCGGGGCCACACGUCCCCUCGGGGGCCGCGCCGACGCCUUCCCGCCCAGAGCAGCGGCCCCCGGGCUCAGCACGCCCCGGCGGCCACCGAGCGGCGGCGGCCGCGAGUAUCGCGGGGAUCCGCCGUGUCCCCCGCCCCACGGAGGGGACAGGGAGUGCCAGGCGGGCGCUGCCGGAGAGGGAGGGAAUGGAGCGGGGAAACCCUCGCCGGCGCUCACCACCGCCAAGGACAAGACGCCGCCCGCAGCCCGGGCGCGGCGGAGCGGGAAGGGAAGAAACCGUCUCGGCGCCGGACGCCGCGGCGAGGGCCCGUCCGCCGCCGCGCUUCUUCCGCGGGGCCGCUAUGCCUCACCGGCAGGUGCGGGCGGCCUCGGCCGCGGCCACCGGGACGGGGACGGCCCGGGGCGAGUAG